CACAAGGAAGCAAAUAAACUUCUUUUCUAAAAUAUAUAAGUUGCUUUCGGUGAUGAUGGAGUAAUAUAUUUACAUCUACUUCCUAUUCUAUUUCAUUUCAACUCAUUUUUUUCAUAUUUCUCUUUCUUUUUCUAUCAUGUAGCUCAUGAACAUAAUAUUUGUCAGUUGUUACACUUUCUCUUCUAUUUCUAUCUCUAUGUGGGUGUGAUGUGAAAUUGGGGUGUGAAGAUACUUUCCUUAAGAUGUUAUAUAACCAUAUUUUGCUCAGUUGCAUUUGGCAUCAGAGAUAAACAAGUUUCAAAAGAAAAUUGAACUCUCUCCCAAAUAGGUUGGAUGAUUUGGAUAGCAAUUUUCCUGGCUUCUCUUGCUUUCCUGUGGCUAUGGAGAAGCAGGCAGAAGGCAGAAACAAAGAGAUUACCUCCAGGUCCAAGAGGGUUGCCAAUCUUGGGGAGCCUACAUAAGCUGAGUGCAAAUCCUCAUCGUGAUCUACACCAACUAGCACAGCAACAUGGACCUAUCAUGUUCUUGCGCUUAGGCUUUGUUCCCACCAUUGUUGUUUCUUCACCCCAAGCUGCUGAACUGUUCCUCAAGACCCAUGACCUUUCCUUUGCUGGCAGACCACCUCAUGAGGCUUCAAAGUACAUCUCUUGGGAGCAGAGGAACCUCAGCUUCGGUGAAUAUGGUCCUUAUUGGCGCAACAUGCGCAAGAUGUGCACGUUAGAAUUGCUUAGCCAAACCAAAAUUGACUCCUUUGGAGGCAUGAGGAGACAGGAGCUUAAUCUGCUGAUCAAGCUUCUAAGAGAAGCAUCCAGUGAUGGGGUUGCUGUAGAUCUUAGUGCCAAGAUUUCAGCACUCACUGCAGACAUGAGCUGUAGAAUGGUUUUGGGGAAGAAGUACAUGGACCAGGACUUGGAUGACAAGGGGUUCAAGGGUGUGAUGCAAGAGGGCAUGCAUCUAGCUGCAACUCCUAACAUGAGUGACUAUAUUCCUUACAUUGGUGCACUUGACCUUCAAGGGCUAACUAAGCGCAUGAAGGCAGUUCACAAAAUAUUCAAUGAUUUCUUUGACAAAGUUAUUGAUGAGCAUAUGCAAUCAGAGAACAGGGAAAACAAGAUCAAAAGUUUCGUAGAUGUCAUGUUGGACUUUGAUGGCACUGAAGAAUCUGAAUACCGGAUUGAACGCCCCAAUAUCAAAGCCAUAUUGCUGGAUAUGCUGGCGGGAUCAAUGGAUACUUCUGCUACUGCCAUUGAGUGGACAAUGUCAGAGCUCCUCAAGAAUCCAAGGGUGAUGAAGAAAGUCCAAAUGGAGUUGGAAACUGUGGUUGGUAUGAAGAAGAAGGUGGAGGAAUCAGACUUGGAGAACUUGAAGUAUUUGGACAUGGUUAUAAAGGAAAGCCUUAGGCUCCAUCCAGUGGCACCAUUACUAAUACCACAUCAUGCUGUGGAAGAUUGCGUGGUUGGAGAAUUCUUCAUACCUAAAAACUCCAGGGUCAUAGUUAAUGCAUGGGCAGUUAUGAGAGACCCAAGUGCUUGGACUGAGCCAGAGAAGUUCUGGCCUGAGAGGUUUGAGGGAAGCAACAUCGAUCUCCGAGGGCGUGAUUUCCAGCUGAUUCCAUUUGGUUCAGGCAGAAGGGGUUGUCCUGGAUUGCAGUUAGGUCUAACUAUGAUUCGGUUAGUGGUGGCUCAGCUUGUGCAUUGCUUUGAUUGGAAGCUACCUAAUCACAUGUUGCCAACCGAUUUGGACAUGACUGAGGAGUUCGGACUCACAAUGCCUAGGGCAAAACAUUUAGUUGCCAUUCCUACUUAUCGUCUUCAAAAUGAAAAAAUGUAAUGCGAACAUUGUAAAAUUAAAUAAAGUUAAAACAAGAAUAAGGGUCUAUACCAGGCCAUAUGUCA